AUGUCGGACUCUCCGCUGGACUCUGAUUCAAACCUCGAAGAUUCCGACUCUAAUCUAUUGUCAUUGUCGGAUUCAGGGCAUGAUUCAGAUGAUGAUGCCCCACGGCCUGUGGCACCACCAAGCGCCGAUGCGUCUACAAAGCACCUUCAAGCGUACAUUAAGCAACUUCAACUUGAGAAAGGAAAGUUGGAAGAGCGUAAUGCAGCGCUGAAUGCAACCAAUGGUACACUAGCAGCACAGCAGUUGAAACGUCGCAGGCGCUCACCAAAUCAGAUGUCAUCUGCUGCUGCAUUGCCGGUCUCAUCUACUGCGUCCUUACAUUCAUCCGUGCCACCUUCAUCUACCGCAUCCUCGCGUUCGUCUGUGCCACCUUCAUCUGCGCCAUCGACUACAGCAUCCAUCAUCACGUCUGAGACCAUCAUCGACAAGCUAAUCUUAGGUUUGGCCAAGAAGUAUGCAUUGACGACGGAGAUGUUCCUGCCCGAAAAGGUCAUUUUUCAGACAGACUGCCCUGAUCCUCUGGUCGAUAUAACAAGUCCGCAACGUUAUGCUAAGAAAUCAAUAGAGAAGGCUGCCCUUGUCACUGAGCUCUAUGCCUCAAUCGAUCAUGAGUUGCAUCCUCAGAUGCGAACAAAUUCAUUCUUUAACUUGUUUGCAAGCGGCAUGCAACAGGCACGAUCAUCAUUCUUCAAUGGUCUACGUACUGUUUCAGGUAGCAUCUUCAACAUGUCACCCGAGUACUUUGUUGCCAGAUAUGACCGUGCUUCCGUCCAGCAAAUUACGGAUAUGAUUGGAUGGGAGGUGGGGAAGGGGAAGACCUUCGAUGUUUUCAAAGCACCGGUACUGUACCCUGAUAACAUUGUUAACGAGAAAAAGAUUUUCAGAGCCUGGUUGAUGAUCGCGAAGGUUAUCAAGGUUUCAGUGUGCGGCAAGAUGUCAUUGUUCCCCAAGGGGCGUGGUGGCCCGCCUACCUAUGCGAAGAUGUGGAAACUCAACAGCUGCACUCCUGGUAUGAUAGCAUUUGGUGUGACUUCGAUAAUCUUCAUGCUAUCCCCAGAUCAAGAAUUCUCCGGGGAUGGUAUUGGAGCCAUUUCUUCGAUCCCUUACCACACCAUCUUCCGCGCCGUGAAAAGAUUCUUCAUCGUCAAGUGGACCCAUGAACGCAUCAAAGCCAUUGUGGGACAAAUCAACGGUUAUGUCUUUGACAAUGUUGCUCAGACAGAGGAGGACGAUACCUCAGGCCAGCCUGAAGACAUGGUUGAUCGUGUCAUGGCAGCAUUAGACGAUUCAGAUAGCAGUUCGGAUGAAGACCCCGUUGGCUCUGACAGCCUUCAUGCGCACCAUCCUACCGUCGUUGAACCAAGUUCUUCAACCACCGCAUCAUCAGGCUCAAAUACUGUUGCAGUAGCUUCUCCCCUGCAACACGAACCCCCCCUGCCUUCUUAUGUCGCGCCAUCAAUCUCAACUCAGGGUGUGGUACUCAAUCCUGGAUCAAGUGCUACAAGUUUGGAGUCUGCCUUAGCUGCUACAGUGAUAGCCGCACCCCAUCUGGAGCCAGCUAUUGAAAACUCCGUGGCUGUCACUACGAAGUCCAAGGGACGUCGGGGAAAAAGUCAGAAGGUUGAUUUAACUGGGCAAGAUGUUCGCCGUUCCUCUCGUCAUACCGUCUCUACUAAAUAG